AUGUCCUUGUCCGACUCUGACGUCGACUUCGACGACCCGCGCUUCCUCGUCGACACGCCCUCGACUUCAUCAGCCCCGCUCUCGUACCAAGACCGUCGGAAGCGCAAGCUCAUCGAGUCGGAGGAGAAGGGGCGCGCGAAGAGUCGCAAGCAGCUGGAGGAGGAGAAGCGCGAGGUUGGGCUCAGGACGGACUUGAUCCAGCGCGCGAAGGAGGACGAGGAGCGAGGAGGGGAGAGCAAGGCGUUCAGGAUGAUGAGCAAGAUGGGCUUCAAGCCGGGCGAGGCGCUGGGCAGGAAGAGCGACUCUGGCACCUCGACUCCCGACGAAGUUGCGUCAGGAGGAGGAGGCAUCGGCUCGACGGGCUCGCGGGGAGGGCUGGGCUUCACAAAGGCUGCUUUCACGCCUGUCGGAGCUGAGACGGGCUCGAGCGCGGAAGGGAGUCCCGCUCCGUCGACCUCGACCGCACGAACGGAACCGAUCAAGUUUGAGAUGCGGACAGGCCGCACCGGACUCGGCGUCCCCCAGCCAAAGCGCUUCCUCCCCUACCUCUCCGCGCCCUCCUCCUCCUCCGCCGCUGCAACCUACGCACGAGACGCGCACUACGCUUCCCUCCCGCUCCCAGACCUAGAAGGCUACCUCUCUCGCCUCCGCUCAACAAUGGACGACCGCCGCGCAUUCGGGCUCUUGCGUUCUGCGCGGAGGACAUGCGAGGAAUUGGAUCGGAGAGCCGGGAUCGAGGAUAGUCCGAUGUGGAGGGACCCGGAGGAGGUGGAGCGCGACGAGGAGAGGAAGAACAGGAGGAGGCUGUUUGAGAGGGUCGACAAGGAGGUUGAAAGCGACGAGGAGGAUGUGAAGAAGGCGGAGAGCUUGUUUGGCGCCAAGGUGGAGGACGAGGUGCCGAGGGGCAAGAAGGGAAGGGGAGACUUGGCGUACGAGACGGGCGUCAGCGCGACGGUUGUCGAGACGGAGGACGAGGAGGCGGAGAGUGCGGCGAGGCAGCAGGUUCCCGCAGGCGAGCGGACGGUGCAGGAUGUCGAGGAAGAGGCCGAGUGGUUCUCCUACGAUGUCCGCACCCGCCUCGCCCUCACGCUCACCUACCUCCGCAACAAGUACAACUACUGCCUCUGGUGCGGCUGCCAGUACGACGACCGAGCCGACCUCGAGGCAAACUGUCCGGGCGAAGCGGAGGAGGACCACUAG